GGUUACGGCAUCAUUCCACUGAAGAUUCCAUCAUCACCAGCUACCCAUUGUACGCUGCAUACCACUGUGGGUUGUGUUGGAAACGACGAAUGUACUGCGAAAAGCCACAGUGUGAUCCGUCUGCUGGGCCCAGUGAGGGAUGUGAUCGUGCGCCCAGCUCGACACCAUUAUCGACCUGGAGAGACUAUAACAUUCUGGAUUCUGGCUCUGGAUCACGACCUGCGACUUGUCCGAGGAGAACUCGCCUACGUUGCGUUGAGCGAUCCUGCUGGUACCAAGGUCGCUAUAUGGGAGCAACUCUCUAUGGACGAAGGAGUGCGUAAGCUCAGUGCAAUACUGGCGACAGGAGCUCGAUCAGGAACUUGGCGAAUUGAAGCGCGUUGUGGCGGUGGAACUGCUCGAGUGGACAUCACUGUUGGCAACGGAGUGGGCAACACAGCCGCUGCAGCUCCGGCAGCUGAACAGCACUACGUGGAACUGAGAUUCGCUGACAGCAUGAGACGACGAUACAAGCCUGGACUUCCUUUUGUUGGAAGGGUCGAGGCAAUGAGUACGGAGAAACGAGUGCGAGUCCGUGUGAAGCUGUACGACGACAAAACCGAUAUCUAUAGUCAGGACAUCGACAUGUCGACCGGCGAAGGAGGAUUCAUAGUCCCGACCGUCAUGGCUGACGCGCCGUACGUCAAUUUGCAGGCGGAGUUAGUGGCUGUUGAAGGAAAGGAGAUUGAAACCCAUUACGUGUUGGCACGGGAAAGGAUUCGCCGAUGGAAUUCAACAUCGAAAUGCUACCUUCUCGUCGAAAAUUUACCUACACCUUUGCAGGCGGGCGGCAUAGCGAGUGCAAGCGUGUGGUCGUCCUGCGGUUGCCGUCAGCGGUUGCUGGCUGCCGUCACGAGUGGUGGACGGGCCGUACACUGGGCCGCCGUACCCGCUCCACCGGCAAACGACUCGGAUCUCUGCCGGUUUAAUUACACAUUCCCGGUGACGGCAGACAUGGCACCAGUCAGUUCACUCCUCGUCUAUUACGUCACAGAAGCUGGAGAGCCUGUCAGCGACGUUGCCAGUUUUCAUGUACGACUCCUGCAUAAAGAGGUGGCAGUAGCAAUAGAAGAACGACGUUGGUGGUAUCCCAGAGCAGCAUUGCAGCUUCGAGUCCUUGCUCCACCAGACUCGACUAUGUGUCUUAUUGGAGCACGAGCACCGCCGGACGCGAGAUUUGAUCCUCAUCAGGCGACACCAGAACACGAAGAAGCACCGGGCCCCGAGUUUGUAUCUGCGGGGGUUUCACUGUUUGUCGGCGGCGGUGCUUGCGGUGGUGGUGUGUUGUACCGCCAACGAACCGCGCCAGCUCCUCACGCGCCUGCACACCUGGUACCUCCGGCGUCACAUGACCGACUAUGGAUGUGGAAGUGUUUCAAUUAUACGAACCAGCUGUCCACAGACGGUGUCACCAUCUCAGCGCCCUCCGAAGCCGGUCGUUGGUCUCUCUGGGCCCUCUCCCUUUCAAACCAUGGCCUUCGAUUCUCUGCACCUCGAACGAUCAACGUUUUCCGCCCUAUACAACUGGACUUCUCCCUACCACCAGCUCUGAAAGUCGGAGAGACAGUGGAAGUCGAUGUCAAGAUAACUAACAAUAUCAAUAACUGUAUGGACGUUACUGCACUCCUGGCACUUAGCGCUGGUGCGGCGUUUGCAAGCACAGGAGCAUUGUAUGUCACGGAGCGACUCCGGCUUGGACCGCGAGGAGGAACGCAACUGGUGGUCAGGGUGGCAGUCAAUACUCCUGGACGAAAGAAUAUUACAGUGGAAGUAACAGGCUACAGUGCCGACAAUUGCUCCGUGUCCUACACAUCCUUCAACAACGAGACCCUCGUCGGCUCCGUCAUCAGGUCAGCCAGCGUGCUGGUACUGCCUGAAGGUCUACACCGGACUGAUACCCAGAGCGCUUACUUCUGUGCUAAUGAACACCUAGCAGUGUCUUCCCGAGGAUCCUGGGAGUGGCAAUGGGUGGCUGCUCCUCGAAACCGAGCAGGCUUAGUGCUGGAACUGCGAGCUCAAGGUGCAGCUCACGUGGCAUUGUCAUCGAUACGUGAACCUUCAGACGAUAUGUAUAGAGUCGUGUUUGAAAGAACAAGAGUCUGGAUUGCUAAAGGAAAACAUGGGUACGACGUCCAUCUGGCUAGUGCAGAACAAACAGAAAGUGAUGAGGACUGUUCUGGAGCUGACUCCUGGUGUGCUUGAACUGCUUCAAAACAUAAAGAAAUGGAUACAGAAGCGACAGAAUGCGGAUGGAUCCUUUACACCUCUGGCUGCUGAUAAAGAAGUGGAUUACUAUCCAGUAGAUAUCACGAAGUCUAAUGGUACAGCGAAAGAAGUAGACGUCAAUGAAUAUUACUAUUAUGAUAAGGAUGGGAAUAUGACUCAGGAAGAGAUUGAUUGGGAGAGGAGAGUUGAAGUCACUGCUGAGACUUUGGUUGCUUUACUUGAAGUCGGAGUUGAAAAUAAGCUGCUCUGGCUGCUACCGUUUAGCUCUGGUUCUAGCGAGAAGAAGGCGAGUUUGGAUGGCCAGCACCCAGGAAAGAUGCUGCUGAUUGGCUUCGAAGAAACUUCUAGGAAUAUUAAAACUACUUCUUAUGAAGCAGUAACGAUGGAACAAUACGUAGCUGGAGUGCGAGUGUUGUUGGCAGCGUGUGCCCGCGGCGCGCUCGCGGAGGGGGAGGCGGCUGCACGGUUCCUUUACUACCGCGCGUCUACACUGCAGCGACACCCGAGCCUGGCGUACAGCGCUACUAAAGCUGCUGCCCAGUAUGCUGCAUUAGCUCAUGACAGACAUCGAGCCCUCACAGUAUCGCUAGCAACAGCUGGUAUGGAACUGACAGACACCUUGGAACUGCGCGCUCGUACUCCACCUCGACCGCUGCAACUGCCGGGCUUGCCAACAAAGGUGUUUGUGUACGCCACUGGUGCUGGCUGUGCUACUGUCCAGGGAACAAUAACCUAUUCAACAUACACACCGAAACCUGAGAAUGCAUUGCUGAACAUUCAAGCCGCCAUCAUUGAAGAAAUCCGGCCCGAAAGAAGCAGCAUCGAAGACUUGCAAGGAAACCUACCCACACUGAUCAUUAAGACUUGUUUCAAAGGAGAAUCCGUAUGGUUCGUCUUCGCUAACAUAAGCUCCACGUGUCCCGUCUGCGUCACAUAUGAAGUACGUUCGAAGUUCGUUAUCACAAGCUUAAGACCAGCCUUCGCCAAGAUCUAUCCUUCGACGCGGCCAGAUCUAGCCGUGGAAACAUUCUUCCACGCUCGACCUGGAAGUCCACUACUACGAGGCAUCACUGACGAUGAUUUUAUAACAUGGUUUGAUAAAACCGAACUCGCUAGUCUUAAAACCAGUACAAGUAUUGAUAAUAUUUGUGAAUGCGGACGUAUUUGUAGCAGGGAUUACGAAUUUAGGAAGAACUAUGAGGAGCAUACUGAAGGUACUACAGAAAACGUAGAUACAACUACCGAAGAAAGCAGUACAAUAACUACUACAGAGCUUUCAACUACUGAAGACAUUACAAGUACUGAAGCCAGUACUCCAUCGAGUACUACAGAGAUUGUUACCACACAAGACACUACUACUACUACUGAUAAAACGACAACUGAUAAUAUUUCUUCAAUCAAAAUUGAAAGUUUAGAUGACCCUAUAAUAAUCCCAACUGUAACUUACGUAAAUACAACUGAGAAGCAGGACGUCAAUAAUGACUUAGCCUCUCUAUUGCCAAAGAUAACUGGAGAACUCAUUGUGCCAAAAUCAGUUUUGCCAAGGAAAGACGAUUAUAAGAAGAAGCCACUACCUAGAAGAAAGGGUACAUUAAAAGCAACGUAUGGAGAUAAACAUGAGAAAUUCUUCUUGAAAUUAAGGGAAAUGGAAAAUUCAGUAUCGACUACUACGUCUACUCCUAUGACUUCUACUGUUACAUCUCCCACACCUAUAACUACGACGAUUGAAAUGACAUCUACUGAAAAACCUCAACAAACAUUAAAUAAUGAGAAUCACACUUCAUCUGUUCCAGUUUCUGUUGAAACUGAAAAGUCACUACACAAGAUUGUUCUCAAGAAAACAGAUGUUUUAAAGCCCCUUAUACCAGUGAACGUAGUGGCUAACAAAACUGAACUUAAAACAGAAAUUCUUAAAAUCUUACCAGAGGACAAUAUGACUAAAGUUAACAAGACUGUUACGGUUGAAGUUAAAACUACGGAACUUCCCAUUACACAUAAUGACAUCACUACUAUGAAGCCAAUCAAACCAGUUAUCCCUCACACAAUAACAGCUAUCACUAACAACAAUAUCAAAUCAAUACACUACAGGACAAAGAAACCUAAACCUAUAACGCAAAUCAAGAAACCGAUAAUUAACCACGUUCACAAUACUACAAAACAAAACAAAAGCGAAGAUAUUGACUCAGACAUAAUAAACAAAACGAAAAAGAAACCAAUUGUUACACAAAAGUACAAUGCAAAAACAAUGAAAUCUAUAAACAAAGAGAUACACAAAAUCCCGCCAACUCCAAUUUCCGAAACUUCAAAGACGUUGUCAGAAACUCUCAAAUACGAUAUCGCUCCGGAAAAUAAGGGUGGCUUCGAAAUAUUAGACAAGAAUAAUUUAUGGGAGCUACUAAAGGAAGGGUCUGAUAAUGAUCCUUUGAAACUAGAGGAAAAACUACACGUUCAUAAUAGAUUAAAUAUAUUAGGACAUAACGUGUCUAAUAUAGAUGAUAACCGAUCAUUAUAAACUAUAUUGUUAUGUAAUAUAUAAGAUACAAAGACUUCAGUAUAAAUAUUUUUGUAACACAGUAUGCCACUUGAAACCUGUAAUUUACCUUGGAUGGAAAGUUGUGGAAAGUGCAUGAUUUUGCUCGAUUUUUUUUAUGGCAUAAGCCGGUAAACGAGCAUACGGAUCACCUGAUGCUAAGCAAUCGGCGUCGCCCAUGGACACCUGGAACACCAGAGGCGUUACAAGUGCGUUACCGGCUUUUUGGGGAUUAGGGAUUUGCAUCGAAAAGUCUCUUUUGAUCACACAUAACAAAAUUUUUACUGUCUUUUCAGUCCUCUUGACGCAUUAACGUCAUUGACUAAUUUACUAAAUCGUGCACUCUCCAGCAAAUCCAUUUUCGUCUACAAUCAAAUUGUUGAUAAAACAAAAAUACGAUUCCUAUGCACUUUUUAUUGUUGAUUGUUAGAAUAUAUUGCACUUAUCUGAAUGAUUUGUGUGAACGAUUGUGUGCUGUAAAUAUUACGUGUAAGCUAUAUUAUUGACUAAUUAAAGCGCUGUGACCUAUGACUUCUAUUGUAUGACGUCUUUGCUCAAAAGCAAAGUUUUUGGUUCUUACCUUAGUAAUAUACUGAAGUAUUAACCGGUUUAGUAGUCUCAAAUGGAAUGUAAACAGUAGUUUAGGAUUAAUAAUUGUGAGUCAAUCUUUAUUAGUUCGAAUUCCGCUUCAAGUUAGACGCUACUAUAACUUUAGGAGAGCUAGAUAACGCUGUUUAGAAGUAUAUUUUGGGCUACCUAAAGUAUUUGACUGAAAUCACUAUUUCCAACCACACAUUGCCUUUCAACAAUCAAGAUAUAGAAACUGCCAAAAUUCUGAAUAGCAACUUUAUAGUAUCCUUCCAUUUCAACCUUUCUCCGUUGAUUAUUUUAUAGGUAGCCCUAAUAUUAAUAGGAUAGCGACUCCUUAUUUCUCUAAUGUAAAUAGGGUCUCUAAUUGCCAAAUUAAUCGUUUACCCCCUAGUAUAAUUAAUAGUGGUACUAGUGUUUUAGAUUAUGUAAUUGUAAUGCUAAUGCCCCAGAAUUUCCAUCCGUCUAUCGUCUUCUGUAUCUAUUGUAUGUAUAAUGUAGUUCUAGUAGCUGUCUAGUUGUUUUAUGUUGUGUCUUUGGUUUGUGGAUCAAUAACUUGUUGUAAGCAUGUCUCAAUUGCACGUUUUACGCCAUCUAGUAACGGUUAAAUGUAUUCACUAAAAUGUUCACCCUACAGUACAGUUGUCCUCUCGUUAUGUGAGGUAGGAAAAUCGGGAAGCUUUCCUUUGUCAGUUUCCAGAAAUAGAAGAGAGAUGGCGUUGUUUUCAAUCGUAAGUUGUGACCAUUUGGUAAAUUGUAUGUUAAAGUUUUCAACUUGUUUCAGAACAAAUUGUAAUUUAUUUUUAUUAUCAGCAAGUUAGAGAUUCACAACACCGUAUUCCCGUAGAUGUUUAGAAUAUUAUGUUUCGUGACUGUAUGCAUGAACGGCUAUUACUUAUUUGAAAUUUAACGUAGACUCUUCUUCCAGUACUUAGACUUAAUAAUAAUCCUAAAAUAUUUCCUUAUGAAACCUAUUCUUCUUCGAGUAAGUAUCUUACUGUUUUUAGUUCAAGUCUUCCCUGUACUUUUUGUAUACCCUCUUUUAUAGUAUUCCCCAAAAAAAUCUGUCUGUCUCAUUUCCUUCCAUAUACAAAAAAAUACUUUUUGGUGUAAAUAUAAGAUAACAUUCCACUAAUAGCUUUUUUUAUUGUAUCGUAUAAGAAAAAUGUUCUAGACGUUGCACCGAUGCGUCCGUAAAGCGACCUUGGUGUCACUUGUUAGUAUUACAAUCAAUUAAUGUAUUUUCAACCCCUUAUUCAUAAGAGACCCCUACCAAAUAUAAUUCAUCAUCAAUCUUUCUCAGUUCCUCUUAAAAGUAAUU